UCGCCGACUUCCACAUAGAUAACAGACGUGGAUCGUCUAGCUACGACGAUCCACGGAACCGAACUUUCUUCGGUCCAGAUCUUCAUGAGUUUCCACUCCCUCUCCAGUUCUUCCCACAUCCCCAUGGUAGCCCAACCAAGCCGGCGAUUUCGGCCACUAGUUUAUUGGCACAUUGCCAGCCAUGGGCAUAUGUCAACCUCCUAACUUUCUCCACCUCCCCUUGCCUUCUCUUGUUGACAAUCCACUUUAUUACUCUUCCCUCUGUGGUGUCAUUAGCAUCACAUCAUAUCCUUCACAGGCAGCAAAGCACAGCACACUUGCAGCUGCAGCAGCGCCAUCCCUUCCCUUCUCCUCAAGCAUCAACCAAUCUUCCUCCCUCCCACUUCCACACACGCACUCCACCUUGCCAUCUCCGAUCCCUUCGACGACGAUCGGGGCCAUGGGCGCCGGCGGCGUCCGGGAAGAUCAUCAGGAGGCCGGCACGCCGCCUGCCAUGGCGGUGCCGCCGGUGCUCGUCAAGGGGAAGCGCAGCAAGAGGCAGCGCGUGCACGCGCCGCCGGUGGUGCUGUCCGCGUCCGCGUCGGCUUCGGCGGCGCCCGAGUGGUCUUCGUCCGCGGCGUCGGCGGCCACGGCGCCGGCGGAGGAGGAGUCCGGGACGUCGCGGUCGGACGAGGCCGCGUCGAGCGGCGGCGGCGGAUGCCUCACCGAGGAGGACGAGGACAUGGCGCUCUGCCUCAUGCUCCUCGCGCACGGCGUCCCGGCGGCGGCGGCCGUGGGGGCGAAGGAGGACGAGGUGGCGGUGGUCGUCGCCAAGGAGGCCAGGUUCAGGAGCCGCCGUCCGGCCGACGGCGCCGCCGCCGGCGAGUACGUGUACGAGUGCAAGACGUGCAACAAGUGCUUCCCGUCGUUCCAGGCGCUCGGCGGCCACCGCACCAGCCACAAGAAACCCCGCCUGGUCCCGCCGCCGCCGGCGCUCACAUCCGAAGACAGCAGCAGCAAGGCGGCCGCCGCAGCCGAGCCAGCCGCGCCGUCUCCGUCGCUCCCGCCGACGCCUCCGCCGCCGGCGGAAUCGACCGCCGAUGCAACAGUGCUCGCGAUCCCCGUCCGGGUCCCCGUGGCGCCGAAGCAAGAGCAGCAGGACGCCGCCGCCGCCAUCGUCGUUGUCGCCACCAGCAGCGUCCACUCCAAGCACCCGCGGGUGCACGAGUGCUCCAUCUGCGGCGCCGAGUUCGGGUCGGGCCAGGCGCUGGGCGGGCACAUGCGGCGGCACCGCCCGCUCAUGCCGGCGGCGGCGCGGGACGACGCGCCGAGGAAGGAGAAGAGCCUCCUGGAGCUGGACCUCAACAUGCCGGCGCCCUGCGACGAGGUGGCAGCAGAGGCCCGGGCGGUGACGUCGCCGCGGUUCGCGUUCGACGUCGCGGAGAGGCCGGCAGCGGCGGCGCCCCUUCUCUUCCCGGCGUCCGCCGCGUCGGCCCUGGUUGACUGCCAUUACUAGUAACCACCAAUUAGCUCUCUGCUUCUCAGCUGAUACAUAAUUACUACAUACAGUACACACAAUUCUCCUUGUUGUCUGAAUACUUUUUUUAUUUUCUCUUCUUUUUGGGGUAUUUUUAUUCCAUUAUUUGUUCAAAUGAUUUGGAAUGGGCGAUGUGAAUUAUCGGUACAGAAAUAUGUUUGAGAUUUGACCUGUGUGAUUAAUUCUAUUAAUUCAUUGAUUGAUUUGGAUUUAUUUCCA